AUGUUCAUCGCCGGCGCGAGUCAGAUGUCGGGGCCGUGGGCGGGAUACGUGAGCGAUCGCACGCGGAGCGCGUACGGUAGACGGCGCCCGGUGCUCGUCAAAGGCGCCGUCGUCGCGGCGCCGUCGUUGGUGAUGUUACUCGUGGCGCGAACGUACUACGGCUCGCUGGGGGGGUGGGCGCCGACGCUGUAUUACGUCGCGUUCACGGCGACGAUGCUGGCGCUGAACGUGAUGUACACGGCGGCGAGCGGCAUCGUGCCGGAUAUGAUUCCGGACGAUCAGACGGGACAGUCGAAUGGGGUGCUGGCGGCGAUGAGUGCGGCGGGGGCGUGCAUGGGAUUCGUGUACACGAUGGUGUAUCCAGACGUGGGGAGCUUGUAUUGGUUUUAUCUCGCGCUGUUGGCGACGUGCGUGCCGAUUACGUGUUAUUGCGCCACGGAAGAGUCUUCGCUCGGUGGUGUAGCAUCGUCAGAUGACGUAGAGAGCAGUGCGAGGGAAGGUUCGACUUCUGCGACGGUCGACUCGGCGUUUUCGUGGCGCGAGCUGGCGUCGAUGUACACGAUUUCGCCUUUUGUUCCGGAACAAAAAUCAUUCUUUUGGCUCUUCGUUUGCCGCACGUUGUACUAUACCGGCAUCAGCGCUCAAGUGUUUUUGCUGUACUUGCUCAGAGAUACCGCCGUGAAAGAAGAUGGAAGUGGGCUCGAGGGACACGAGCCACAGCAAACGGUUGCACGCUUGUCCUUCAUCGGCCAAGUCGGCGGCAUGAUCGCCGCCUAUCCCGCUGGUUUGCUGAGCGACGUCUUCGGUCGAAAGCCAUUGAUCGUCAUCGCGUGCGCGGGCAUUAUAUCUGUGUACAUCAUGUUUAUGUACAUCCACCGAUUGACGUCGAUCAUGUACAUUGGCGUGUAUUACGGCGCGUUGAACGGCAUGUUCCUCUCGGUCGAUUACGCGCUCGCCAUCGACUGUUUACCGAGCCGAGAAAACGCCGCGCGAUGGCUCGCGGUUUGGGGUGUCGCCAGUUUCAUCGGCACCUCCAUCGGUCCGACUGUGUUCGCCUUGAUUCUUCACUUUUCUCCGCAGCCCGCCGACGGACGAGCGUACGGUUCGUCUCAAGAAGGGUACGACGUCAUGCUCGUCGUCGGCGCCGUGUGGAUGGCCCUCUGCGCCUCGUUCCUGUGCUUGGUCGACUCGAAGAAGCCCCGCGCGCGCGAACUGUAG